CUCCUCGCCAACACAAUGCUCUCCUUGCGCGAGGUUGAAGCCCUCUACGAGCGUCUCGCCGAGCUCCCUGUCAUCAGCGGUGCGGAGCUACUACGUCAUGCCAAGCAGGCGCGCAUACACUUGAACGUCGCCGAUCAUGCGCGCUUGGAGAAGGCCAAACAGGUGCUGCAGGUGCCGCUGAGCCGGGAUGGAGAUGCAGAAGUGCCGGGGCCUGUUGCCGUCGAUGGUGGGGUGAAGCUGGAUUGGGCGGUACUAGGCAACAAUAAGUACCGGGUGACGCUGAAGGAGGCAAGUGGGGAGGGUGCAAAAGGUGGCAAGGGUCAACGCUUCGUUGAGGUGUGGUGGGGAGCGCAGAGGAUCCACUACGUCGACGUUGGGUCAGCCCAUGGUUCCUUCGCUGCGGACGCGACCUUCUCGACCUCAUCGGCCAGUCUGGACCCCACCACCGGUAGGCUCUCGAUCCUCUAUCAAGCAGGGGCCAAGCAUCCCCGCGAUGAGGACAGCCCCUCAAGCAGCUCUUCAGCCCGCAGCCCGCUUGAUCGCUUCAGGUAUCAAGCCCCCGUGGGCGAAAAGUAUGCAAGGGACUUUCAGCCACGCCUCUUCUUGCUGCGAGUGGGCGGCUCACUCCCCGCACACUUGCAAGAGUUGAGGACGACCAAGCCUGAUCGCUUUCUGGCACAGGGCGUGCUUACAUCGGAUGGGAAGUGGGUUGCGGCGACAGCAUACGACGCAAUGGCUGAUGGACGCAGGUUGGGUCAGGUGUACUGUACGAACAGGCCGAGUAGCAUUCGGGCUUUCCCAGUGCCGGGGGAUGUCAAAGGGAACGAAAAGGAGUCUCAGCAUCUGUCCGCACGAGCAAAGGUCACAGCAGCCACAGUCGUCACGAUGCAAGAGUCCAAGAUGCGCCAGCUUAGUACCCCGGGCAGAGCAGCUCGUUCACCACGAGCAGUGCCGAGCUCCAAAAGAUCUCAGGUGAUCUGGCUCGAGACGCCUGAAGGUGGGCCGCACAACUCGUCAUCUGCCAUCUGCACAGCAAUGCUUGCUGACGAUAGCGAUGGCGAGGUACAAGAGAUCAUACCGCUCGACUACAAGGACAGCCAUGACGCGGACAGCGGGCUGUGGAUCGACCAGUUACCUCGUGAGCCCUUCAUCACGUCCGACAAGGGCGAAGAUGAGAUGCUGUUCGGCCUCACGACGAUCAGCGGCUCGAAGCGGAUCGUUCGCACGUUCUCACUGGACGGUAAGGCACGUUGUGUCUACGGUCUCGACGGGGGACAGUCAGGCAUGCACAGCUGGGCAUUCUUGGCUGCCAGCGAGGGUGGGUUCCUGCUACUGCGCUCCAGCCUCAUCUCCCUGCCUGAAGUCCUCUACAUACCUGCGGGCAGUGAUGAGCAGCCGCGCCCCCUGUGGCAAGUCACUUUACCCCCUUCCUCACCCGAUGUGGAGCAGCUUUCCCAGGCCAAUCUUCAGAUCCUCCGCAUCCCGGGCACAGAGCAGGCACUCCCCUCUGACGGGCCAAUCGAGGCAAUCCUCCUUCGUCCAUCGGGUAGCACCUCCUCACCAUCGCCCUGCAUCCUACUCCCCCACGGCGGCCCGCACGGUACAACCACCACAGACUUCGCUCCUGGAGCUGCCGCUCUCUGCUUGGCCGGAUACAGUAUCCUCGCGCCCAACUACCACGGCUCACUAGGCCGCUCGCCGGCGUUCAACUCCUCCCUGAUCGGCCGCGCCGGUACGCUUGACAUUGAGGACUGCAUGGCAACGCUUGAGUACGCCAUCACAAAAGGCUACGCGGCAAAGGACUCGAUCUAUCUCUCAGGUGGGAGCCACGGAGGCUUCAUCGCCGGGCAUCUAGCUGGCCGCGAGCCCGCAUCAUGGAAAGCAGUCGCCAUGCGCAACCCCGUGACGCACAUUGGAGAGCAGUUUGUCGAGACCGACAUCAAAGACUGGACUCUUGCAGAGACGGGCCACCCGUUCUCCUUCCAAUCUCCACCGCCCUACCUGACGCCAGACUUGUACGCAGCUCUGGACUCUGUCUCUCCCCUUCAGUACCAUGGAGCGAUCACGGCGCCCACCCUUCUUCUCUUGGGUGACUCGGAUCAGCGUGUACCCCCGAGCCAGGGGCUGGCGCUGUAUCACGCGAUGAAGGGCAAGGGGAAAGAGGUUGGGCUGUGUUGGUUUGAGGGCGCGGACCACGCAUUGGAUACUGUUGAGGCCGCGAAGGGGGCGUGGCUGGGUGUGUGGGAAUGGUUUGAGGGGGCUCGACGGGGUUCAAAGGUGGAUUAGAUACAAUGAAAGGCAGUAAACAUGCAAUAGGAGCAGGUAGCGAUG